AAAAGAAGCGGGCCAACUGCCAACUACUCGGAUGCUGAAGGGCUCUAUUGUAGUUUCUUGGAAAUACAGGUGCAAACUAACUCCUUACCUCCCCCUAAACCACCAUAAUAGCAGCGUCUCUGACUCUACAACAUCACUUGCUCUCCCAGCAUCUCAAUUGCAAUAACUACAAAUUUUUUUAAGUAUGUGCCCAACCAAACAAAAACACCGUAAUUCUGGCACCGAAACUGCCGUCUCCAGAUCCAUCUCCACCGCCUCCACCACCACGUCCAGCGACAGUUGGAUCUCCGAUGCAAUCAACGGUGGAUCCCUCCGCCGCGUAGACCUCGAAAAUGGUUCAAACGGCUGGGCAUCACCUCCAGGUGAACUUUUCUCUCUCCGUUCUAAACACUACUUCACUAAACGACAAAAAUCUCCCGCCUCAGGCGGAUACUUACUCACUCCCGCCGGCAUGGACUGGCUUAAGUCGAGCACAAAACUCGACAACGUACUCGCUCGUCUAGAUAACCGCGUGUCGCUGGCUCUUAAAAAAUCACAAUCUCAAGGAAACUCGUUAAAAAGUUUCGUGUUUGCUGUUAAUCUUCAAGUUCCUGGUAAAGAACAACACAGUGCAGUUUUUUACUUUGUAACAGAAGAUCCUAUCCCGACCGGUUCGUUACUCUAUCGGUUUAUUAACGGUGAUGAUGCAUUUAGGAAUCAACGGUUUAAGAUCGUUAACAGAAUCGUGAAAGGACCGUGGAUAGUGAAAAAAACAGUAGGAAAUUAUAGUGCGUGUUUGUUAGGUAAAGCGUUAAAUUGUAAUUAUCAUAGAGGAGUUAACUAUCUGGAGAUUGAUGUUGAUAUAGGUAGCUCUAAGAUUGCUACUGCUAUAUUGCAUCUUGCAUUGGGAUAUGUCACCAGUGUCACGAUUGAUAUGGGGUUUGUUGUGGAAGCUCAAGCCGAAGACGAGUUGCCUGAGAAAUUAAUUGGUGCCAUUAGGAUUUGUCAAAUGGAGAUGUCGUCGGCAACUGUAGUUGACGCGCCGAGUGUGAACGUUGUGGCGCGUGGAUUAGGGUUAGCUAAAGUCAAACACCACGAGUCUGGCGAUGAUGAAGAUGAAAACGAGAACGCAUGACACAUGCUUUUCUUUUUUUCUUUUUCUUGUUCAUUUUACUUGAUUUUAAUUUUUAAGCUUUUUGUUAAUCUGUUAUGUUGGGUUUGGGUGGUUCCCUUUUUAACGGGGAUUGAUGGUUGUAGAUAAUAAAUGAUAACAAAUAACGAUGCGAGGAUUAUUAUUA